AGUGUCCCAUCCGUUAAAAGGGCACCAAAAGGGCCUUUCGGCUCAUGUUUUUUCCAUCUGAUUAUCAGAAGCAUCUUCUUCCUCGCCCACAUCCUCAUACACCCUUUUCGGUUACUGACCAUCAAAUCUCAAUCUAGCUCAUCUACAGGUCAAAAAUGGAGAAGGGGAGGAGGCGGCACAUCCCGGCAUUCGGUGAGUGGAACCAGCAAUGCGAGGAGCUGCCAAUCACGCAGUACUUCGAUUCGGCGAUGGAACAAGGCCUCGUCGUCACGGCCGGACACUACUACCACGCCACUGCCGGCGAGUUGCUCUUCAAGGUCGCCGGCUCACCGCCUCCCCAGAAGCCACCCAAGAAAGUGAGGAGCACAAAGAAUGGGAUGGAGAACCAGGCGGCGAGGAGGAGGGAUGGGCCAUCUGUUGUUGUUGAUGGUGGGGUAGUUGUCCAUGGAUCGAGGAGGCCUAGGGUUGUUAGGGCAGUUGACGAGGACUUGUACAAAGUCCCCUCUGAACUCCUCCGCAAGAAGGCAAAAGGGAGGAAGCAUGUGAGAAGCUUGUGGAUGGGCUGUGUAGGACUCAAUUGCGUCGCCUGAAUCAUAAAGAAGAUGCAAUCUACAAGGCUACGCAUGGCAACAUUGUUCAACUGUACCGAGAAAGCCUCACAAUAUAUAUGUGGACCGAUUGGCCUUUAUUUUGUGGUUGAAGACGUUUGUCCAGACUGCAGUCUGGGGUGCAAGCAACUGUUGCUUGCACCUAGUGAAAAUUUGUUACUGCCAUAUAUGUAAAUUAUCUAGGAAAACGAAUGGUAGAUGAUCUGAAGCUAGCUAGCUAAUCUAAUUUGCAGAGCCUUGCUGCUUGCCGUGGCUCUUCAUCAGCCGUGGUAGAACGCUCUCGAGCUUUGUGCGACACUAGCUAGUGCCCCUUCAUCGUUCUACGUGGGGAGCUUUUGUUUUUUUACUUGGUCCGUCUUGGCAAUUUGGCAUGCAUGUAGGACGGACACUGUGAUGCCGUCUAGACCUCUUGGAGGGGGGGACAAGUUGUCAGAGAUGCGACUUCACUUACAUAAUAAGAUCAUAGUGGAGAGAACUUUCUCAACUUUUUUAUAA